UCUGAUUUCCAUGCCUGCAUUGUUGUUGGCUUAUCUACAUGGAGGUAAAAGAGAACCUCUCAAAUAGAGUGUAGAUGUUAGAUAGGAGAGUGGUACAGAAGAAAUUUGAAUAUGAUAUUCUAAACUUGUCUCCAAGGCCAGCAUAGAAAAUGACCUCUGACCCUAAUUGCAUCUGAAGGGAAACCCCAUACUGCUCCUACAAUAAAAUGCAGCUCCUCCGGCCUGCACAGAGGCAGAUUAAUGCCUUUAUUUAUUUCCUUUUUUUCCUCUUGACACACCCUAGACCUCAAGGGAGCAAUAACUUUGGUUGUCCAAGGUCAUAGCGCAUCUUCGAACAAUACUACUGACUGCAGUAGGCAAAAUGGAGUCCUUCAGUACUAAGGACAUGGCCAUGAAGGCCCAAAAGAAAAUUCUCAGUCACAUGGCCAGCAAAUCCAUGGUGCAGAUGUUCAUUGAUGACACCAGCAGCGAAAUCCUGGACGAAUUCUACCGCGUCUCCAAAGAACACUCUGGGAACCGCACAGAGGCCCAGAAGGUUGUCAAGGACCUGAUCAAGGUGGUGGUGAAAGUGGGCGUUCUCUUUCGGCAUGAACGCUUCAGUAAAGAGGAACUCAGAUUGGCUGAGGACUUCAAGAAGAAGCUGCAUCAGGGGGCAAUGACAGCAAUCAGCUUUCAGGAGGUGGAGUUCACGUUCGAUAAAGCUGUUAUGACAGAGCUUCUGACAGACUGUCGGGACAUCCUACUGAAGCUUGUGGAGAAACACCUUACUACCAAAUCCUUUGGGCGCAUUCAGCAUGUCUUCAACCACUACUCUGACCCAGACCUACUGACCAACCUCUACACACCUGGAGGCCCUCUUUGGCCCAAUCUCACCAAGAUCUGCAAUGGUCUGAACAAACUAGUGGAAGAAGGGAAGCUAUGAGUGGCAAUUCAAAACACCGCGGAAAAACAAAGAAACUGUGGCAAGCUAAUUCAAUGGGUUUUGAAUUCAGUUUUCCCAAUGAAAAUCUGAAUGGGAAAGUGGGAACCAAAUGGGAACACUUACUCAGUGUUAGUUAUCAUGCGAUUUCUGUUGGGAUCUUUACAAAGACAUUUUGCUUCACAAAAUAAGCAUGAGGGCUGUAUUAAUCAUUAUCACAAUAUGAAUGUGCAUGUUAUCCAUAUCUGAGUACCUCUACCUCUUCCAAAAUGCAUUUAAGAAUAAGUUGCAGCUAAGUAAAAGCCAUUUGAAUAUGAUAUAUGGAAGAAAGACAAAAUUUUACAGAAAUCUCCAAUUAACUACUCACAUUUCUAGACCUUUAAGAGAUUUCACAAAUACAACCUUCUUCUUGGUCUGGACUCCCUGUUUCCACUAAGAUUCAAAUACAACCAUGCUUCUCCUGUUUAAGACAUUAAGUACCUGGCUACUGUACUGGACUUUAAUGAGACAGAAGUCUGCACACCCAGUCACAAAAGUAGCUAACCUCAAUUUACCAUUCAAGUGUAUUAUCAAGGACAACCACCUUAAUUAGUGUCAGAGGGCAGAAUGAUGCCUGCAGCCUCAGUAUCUGUCUGUUACUUUCUGAGCCCAGCUAAUCACAUUUCAUUUCUGAUAAAAGACUGAAUUAAAAUCCUGCUGCAAAGUCCUUAGCAAUGUCAGGAUUGGGUCUACGUCAGAUUUUGCUAGGAGUUUGCGAUCAAUCAGUGUUAAUUCCACAACCUUAUUCCUUAUUCCUUUGGCAUCUCUAGCUUUCUGGAAACGCAGCAAAUGAACCGCUUUUAGGACAUAAGCUCAGCACAAUAAAAAAAGCUUUGCUAUUAGCUCCCAAAUCUGAUAAACUUUUUAUGUUUUAAGAUUUCAAAAUUAGAUUGGUGACUAGCAAUGCGACAGCUCACAAAAACAACUUACUCUAACCAACUUCAGAAGUGGCGUGCUUCCGAAGCAGCACUCUGUGGAUGUUGUGCAAUGCGAGAAGCAUGAGGCAAUAAUUGGCCAUGAACCAAAACAAUUUCCACAGGAGGCACAGUAGACCUGCACAGGAAGUGACCUCUUAUGGUGCUUCUUAUGCUUUUGCUGUUGUCUUAAACGUUUAAUAAAUAUAACAACAGCAGUGGGUCAUGGAACAAUUUUUUCAUAUCCAUGGAAAUAUUGCCUGUAUUAAAAAACUUAAACCAGUUUUAAAUGAACAAUCUGCUCCUAAGUUUUCAACUAACAAUCUAGCAACCUCAACUUCUACUGAGGCAUGCUAAAAGCAGUCUUCUCAUAAAGAUCUUCUGACAAUAGCAUGACCUUGAGACAAUGUGUAUCAAAUUGAGCACUAAUAGAAAAGAUGUUAGAAUAUGUAAUCAAUUGAAUUGUCAAUGUAAUUGUCGGGUGAAUCCAGUUGCAUUACAUACCAUCAUUUCAACAUGUUAUUCCCUUCUAAGCGUAAUCCAAAUUGACCAUGUUGCUGAAUCAAUGCUGUCCUCUAGUGGGCAAGAUUGGAAAUGGCACCUUGUUUUUUUUUAAGGGAACGUUAAUAUCACUUCUACCGUAAUAAUUGUUGCUUCUUUCAAAUCCAAUUAAUUUAACAUCUUACAUAGUUCACUGUACAAAUAUUACAGCAGGCUACAAAAAAGCCCUUCUCAAGCAAGACCCAUACAAUUAGCAUGGUUACAAUUAGUACAAUUAGUUUUCCAAAAAUAUAUUAUACGAUCAAAUUAUAAAUAUAUAAUAUUAUUUUAUGUAUUUUAUGAUCAUUUAAUCCCCGUUGUUUGGAUCAAAGCAGAGGGUCGAUCUAAGACAGAUAACCAAUGUUGAGUUGAACUCCAUACAUACCGAAAUCUACGUGAAAUGUUUGUUUACAAUGGGCAGAUAAUGUGAAAAAGCAACACCCAAGUCACAGUGCAGGUGGGAGGGCAACCAAAGUAAAACGAACUGGAUAAUUACCGUCCAAUGUGACCCUUGACAAAAACAUCCGAACAAGUCUCAAGGAUCACUGAUCUCACUGAUUUUGAAUGCGAAUACUGCUUGCAGUUAACUCUCAAGUUUGCAUGUAAAAAGCCUUUUCUACAAAAGCCUCUAUGUUCCUUGUCGCUCCUUGUUUGCUGGCUCAUUAAAGUACAAGUUGUCCUGUUUAUAUCCAGUGGUUUGGUUGUUUCUCGUCCAUAACAGACGCAUUCAUAACACAUUGUGUUAUAAACCGAUGUCUGAGUACCAAGUGCUGUUUCGAUCGUCAGGAUCAGUAUUUAUUUGCUUGUUUGAGUGUAUGUCUGCCACAGUCAAGAUUACAACCACUGCUAUCAACAACCAGACACUAACACCUGUAAUGUUUACCUUGAUGGAGGAGGUAGCUAACAUGGUAACAUUUCAGUACAGAGUAUAACUGCGGAGAACUUGCCAUAUUGGUACUACUGUUAUACAUUCUUUAUUUGUAUCCCAAAAGUGUGGCCUAACACCAUGGACCUUUGUCCCUGUUGCCCGCAGAAAAGGUUUUCUCUAUCCUACAGUACAGAGAGUGGCUUCCAAAGUAAUAUCAAUAUAUUCAAAUGUUCAUUAACUAAUGUGCAACAUACAGACGGAUAGACAUCAGUUCAAUCCUGAAAUGUCAAUUGUUGACAUUUUUCAGGUGGCAAAUGUUUUGAAACAUUUACUAAUCUACAGCUUUGCAUGUGAAAGACAGUUCCUGCCACAAAUGGCUGAGUACAUUAAGUUACUGCAUCUGCAAAAGCUAGAACAUAUAUUAUGUACAUCAGUGUAAUGACAUUAGGGGAAAAAAUGAUGUUACUCUUUUAAACACAGGCCUAAACAAGGCAACCGUCAACAUAACACCCCUCGGUAACAAUGCACAGGCCCUCUGAUCCAGUCUGUUACAUUUUAGAACUGCCUCAUCUCUAUAACAAGACACACCAUCUACCCAAGCUUAGCUAAAACCAUGAUUUUUUUUACAGUGUGUGCCAAAUUUCACCACUCUGUCAAACAGGACAAGACAUGUAAACUUGUGGUUGAUAUGAAUGCUGUAGCCUAUGUUGAGUCUUGACAAUUUGAAAGGUUUACCAUACGUUGUUACAACGUGAAUAUCCUUGGCUGAUCGAGCCAGUACACACCCAUGUGAACGUUUAUUGGUAAAUAGUGACCAUUUUGGUAUUCAUCUGAAAAAGGUGUUAAUUGAUCUUUACAGGUUUUUCACAAUAUGUUAACACAACUUUUCCCUAGGCUUCAUUUUCCAUUUCUAUGUAACAUUGUUUCGGUUUUCGCAUUGUAGUUCCUGUUCUUGUUUCUUCAUGUUUUUUAUUAAAUGUCCUCCAUUCUCA